AGGGAAGAAGCGGAGCAUUGUGGGAAGCGCCCGCGCUUUCGGCGGGUUCCGUUAAAAUGGCGCCCUGGUGGCCGGCGGCGCCCGCGCCUUAGCCUGUCGGGAGCCGGCAGCCUGCAGGGCGCAGGGAGGGCGCGGGCCGCGGUCCCUGCGCGUGCGGCGACGGUGGCGGCUCUGCCGGGACCCCAGUGCGCAGUCCUGGGCGAGGAUGGCGACCCCGGACCAGAAGUCGCCGAACGUUCUGCUGCAGAACCUGUGCUGCAGGAUCUUGGGCAGGAACGAAGCUGAUGUAGCCCAGCAGUUCCAGUAUGCCGUGCGGGUCAUUGGCAGCAACUUUGCCCCAACUGUUGAAAGAGAUGAAUUUCUAGUAGCUGAAAAAAUCAAGAAAGAGCUUAUUCGACAACGAAGAGAAGCAGAUGCUGCAUUAUUUUCGGAACUCCACAGAAAACUUCAUUCACAGGGAGUUCUGAAAAAUAAAUGGUCAAUACUCUACCUCUUGCUGAGCCUCAGUGAGGACCCACGCAGGCAGCCAAGCAAGGUUUCUAGCUAUGCUACGUUAUUUGCUCAGGCCUUACCAAGAGAUGCCCACUCAACCCCUUACUACUAUGCCAGGCCGCAGACCCUCCCCCUGAGCUACCAGGAUCGGAGUACCCAGUCAGCCCAGAGCUCCGGCAGUGUGGGCAGCAGCGGCAUCAGCAGCAUCGGCCUGUGUGCCCUCAGUGGCCCCACGCCUGCGCCACAGUCUCUCCUCCCGGGACAGUCUCAUCAAGCUCCAGGAGUAGGAGAUUGCCUUCGACAGCAGUUGGGGUCACGACUUGCAUGGACUUUAACUGCAAAUCAGCCUUCUUCACAAGCCACUACCUCAAAAGGUGUCCCAAAUGCUGUGUCUCGAAACAUGACAAGGUCCAGGAGAGAAGGGGAUACGGGUGGUACUAUGGAAGUUACAGAAGCAGCUCUGGUAAGGGACAUUUUGUACGUCUUCCAGGGCAUAGAUGGCAAAAACAUCAAAAUGAACAACACUGAAAAUUGUUACAAAGUAGAAGGAAAGGCAAAUCUAAGUAGGUCUUUGAGAGACACAGCAGUCAGGCUCUCUGAGUUGGGGUGGCUGCAUAACAAAAUCAGAAGAUACACAGACCAGAGGAGUCUGGACCGCUCAUUCGGACUUGUCGGGCAGAGCUUUUGUGCUGCCUUGCACCAGGAACUCAGAGAAUACUAUCGAUUGCUCUCUGUUUUACAUUCUCAGCUACAGCUGGAGGAUGACCAGGGUGUGAAUUUGGGACUUGAGAGUAGUUUAACCCUGCGGCGCCUCCUGGUUUGGACCUACGAUCCCAAAAUCAGACUGAAGACCCUUGCGGCCCUGGUGGACCACUGCCAAGGAAGGAAAGGAGGUGAGCUGGCCUCGGCUGUCCAUGCCUACACGAAAACAGGAGACCCAUACAUGCGGUCCCUGGUGCAGCACAUCCUCAGCCUCGUGUCUCAUCCCGUUCUGAGCUUCCUGUACCGCUGGAUAUAUGACGGGGAGCUUGAGGACACUUACCACGAAUUUUUUGUAGCAUCAGAUCCAACAGUUAAAACAGAUCGACUGUGGCAUGACAAGUAUACUUUGAGGAAAUCGAUGAUUCCUUCAUUUAUUACGAUGGAUCAGUCUAGGAAGGUCCUUUUGAUAGGAAAAUCAAUAAAUUUCUUGCACCAGGUUUGUCAUGAUCAGACUCCCACUACAAAGAUGAUAGCUGUGACCAAGUCUGCAGAGUCACCCCAGGACGCUGCAGACUUAUUCACAGACUUAGAAAAUGCAUUUCAGGGGAAGAUUGAUGCUGCUUAUUUUGAGACCAGCAAAUACCUACUGGAUGUUCUCAAUAAAAAGUAUAGCUUGCUGGACCACAUGCAGGCAAUGAGGCGGUACCUGCUUCUUGGUCAAGGAGACUUCAUAAGGCACUUAAUGGAUUUGCUGAAACCAGAACUUGUCCGUCCAGCUACGACUUUAUAUCAGCAUAACCUGACUGGGAUUCUAGAAACUGCGGUCAGAGCCACCAAUGCACAGUUUGACAGUCCUGAGAUCCUGCGAAGGCUGGAUGUGCGGCUGCUGGAGGUCUCUCCAGGUGACACUGGAUGGGAUGUCUUCAGCCUCGAUUAUCAUGUGGACGGACCAAUUGCAACUGUGUUUACCCGAGAAUGUAUGAGCCACUACCUGAGAGUAUUUAACUUCCUCUGGAGGGCUAAGCGGAUGGAAUACAUCCUCACCGACAUUCGAAAGGGACACAUGUGCAAUGCGAAGCUCCUGAGGAACAUGCCAGAGUUCUCCGGGGUGCUGCACCAGUGUCACAUCCUGGCCUCUGAGAUGGUCCAUUUCAUUCACCAGAUGCAGUAUUACAUCACAUUUGAGGUGCUCGAGUGCUCCUGGGAUGAGCUUUGGAACAAAGUGCAGCAGGCCCAGGACCUGGACCACAUCAUCGCAGCUCACGAGGUCUUCCUAGACACCAUCACCUCCCGCUGCCUGCUGGACAGCGACUCCAGGGCACUUUUAAAUCAGCUUAGAGCUGUGUUUGAUCAAAUUAUUGAACUUCAGAAUGCUCAAGAUGCCAUAUACAGAGCUGCUCUGGAAGAACUGCAGAGACGAUUACAGUUUGAAGAGAAAAAGAAACAGCGUGAAAUUGAGGGCCAGUGGGGAGUGACGGCGGCGGAGGAAGAGGAGGAAAAUAAGAGGAUUGGAGAAUUUAAAGAAUCUAUACCAAAAAUGUGCUCACAGUUGCGAAUAUUGACACAUUUCUACCAGGGAAUCGUGCAGCAGUUUUUGGUGUUACUGACGACCAGCUCUGACGAGAGCCUUCGGUUUCUUAGCUUCAGGCUGGACUUUAAUGAGCAUUACAAAGCCCGGGAGCCCAGGCUCCGUGUGUCUCUGGGUACCAGGGGGCGGCGCAGCUCCCACACGUGAAGCUCGCGGUCCUCCCAGGGACCUGCAGAUGACGUCGUUGCACUGCCAGACACACGAUUCCCAUUGGCGUCCUCCAGGAACUGCAUGCUGCAGAUGUCCUGCCCUUCCGCCCACCAGUGUGCCAUGUUUCAGCGGAGCAGCGUGUGGGAGAAUCCACGUGGUGUUUCCCACGUCGGAGUGGAACGCGUCUGUCAAUCACUAAGUUAGGCGGCUGGCUGCGCUGUUCACAUUUGUCUCUGAAAGUCUUCAUUGCUAAAAGAUACCAUAAUUUGCUGAGGCUUCUUAAGCUUUCUAUGUUAUAAUUUAUAUUUGUCACUUAAAAUCAAUUUCUUUUAGAAAAAAUUAGGGUGAUGGGAUAUUCAUUAGUUAAGAUGGUAACGUCAUUGCUAUUUUUUUAACAUCCUCUUUAGAGGUAAUUUUUGUUAACAUAACCAAAAAUUAAAUUGAAACAGAAUGUCCCAACAAAGAAAAUAUAUAGAGCAUUUUAUUUUUUUUUAGUGUUGUAAAAUAGUAACCUCUGUGAGACCCUUUGUAUCUUAAUGCAUUACCUUUACACAUAUUUAUUCUUAUUUUCUCUCCUUUCAGAGUUUACAUUUUUAUAUUUAAUUUACUAUUUCAGAUUUUUAAAAUAGUAUAGAAAAAGGAGUGAUACAGAACAAAAAUACUCUCAUACAGUGCAACCCAAAUACCAUGAAUCAUCAGCUGAAGCAGCGCGUAAAUAGGAAUGAUGAGAAAAAGUUAAUGGAGUAUUUUAUUUUCAAAAUUCCUGAUAAGCAUUGGAAAGAAAUCGACAUGGAUAAUGAAGAUUUCCUUUCUCCUUGCCUAUUUUUUCAUUGUAAAUAUUUAUAUACUACUGACCAAGAUGUUGGUGGGGGGGGGGGAUUGUUUUUUGUAAAAAUGUCAUUAUCAGGUCACAUAAAUCUGCCUUUAUGUUGCAUAAGUGAAAAUUUAGAAAAUUAAAAGCACUUAUCUUUCAGA